AUGCGCGGCGCCCUCCCGCUGGUGCUUGUCGAGGAAAGAUGGCGGAGGGAGAAUUUGACUAUGUGGUCCCUGCACAGUAAUUAGUUCCUUGACGCCAAAGAGGUCGAGUAAUUGGAUGUUUUCUCGGGUCCGGGGGGAAGCUGUCGACCUUCGUCACGGUGGACGAACUGCAGUGUUGCCCUUUGAGCCCCCUGGCUAAUCUGCCUUCUUGUUUGACAGAUCAGCAGCAACCCUCCCCAUCAUUAUGCACUGACGGCCUGUGGGUGGACAGUAGGCUGGCAUUAGGGACGCUGCUCUUCAACAACAAUUCCCAAGGGAGCGUGAUAAGAGAGAGUUUCCUUACUUGGAUCACUGCAGUAUCGUGAAGGGCUAUCUGAGCCAGGAGGCGGCUGAGCAAGCCGCCAAUCCUCUGCAGCGAUGUCGGACUACCUAAAGAGAGGCUUCAGGGCACAGGUGACCCUGACUAUGGACUCGGUGCUGAGGACAGCUGUGUUUGAAAUCUCCAAGAUCUUUGAGACCUGCCUACAUGACCAUCAAGUGGAGCUGGCGCAGAAAGUAGAGGAGAUAUCCAGACUUCAGAUGAAGCUAGAGAGGGCAGAGAGGAGGCUGAAAGAAGCAGAGAGUAAAGACCUUGAGGGAGACAGGCUGAGUGAAACGCAAAAAGAGCCUGAAGAUGGGUUGAAUGCACCUGCGGAAACAUCCAUCGUUCCUGAGAUUGAUGUUGAAGUACCUGAUGACUGGUGUGCUCCACUGGGCUACGACAGCAUGGGCUGGACCAAGCAGGACGAUGGUGCAUGCCCCAGCGUAACCCUGCGGCCGCUCUCCAUCUCUCUGUGGCACCUCCCAAACAUCAAGCAGGAGGUGGAGGAUGAUGGCUUUGAAUCCAGCAAGCUAACAACUAGGCCUACUCACCACAGAUCCAAGAAACGCUCAUCAGCAAACAAGAGGCUCAAACAUAUCAAGGACCAAAGCCUGUCCCUGCAUGGGCCAAAACGCCGCGGUCGAGGUCGAGGUCGUGGUCGAGGUCGUGGUCGCGGUCAAACAGGCAGCGCUGAAUAUCUGCUCAAAGCCAUUAAACAAGAGGAUUCUGACCCACCAGCCCCCUUGGGUAGUAGACGGAGAAGUAGAGAUUCUCAGACAGAGGAGAUCAAGAGGACAGAACAAAGAAAUGGGGUGAUGACCAAAACUGAACCUGGCUCAGAUGAAAGACAGCACGCGAUGGUGAAUGACAGUGGCAAGACUUACUUAUGCAAGUUCUGCAACAAGGUCUUUGACACAGAGUUUGGCCGAAGUGUACACACAAGGUCACACAAAAAAUGCCUAGCUUGCCAUAAGGUGUUCAAUUUCCCAUGUUAUCUCGCUACUCAUAAAAAGACUUGUCGGAAACUCAAGAAACUAAACUUAAAAAAAGCUAAGACAGUUGACCUACCAAAACAAGAACCUGAGUGCGACAAUGCGGACGAACUAGUCUCACCAGGAAAAAAACAGCCUCUCAAAAACAAGGAUUGCAAACCUACCUCUGGCAGCAACAACCCAGCUCCUCCCCUCAAAAACGCAUCUACUUCCAGAAAGCACUCCUGCCCAGUGUGCAAAAAGAAGUGCUAUUCUCGCUUCACACUCAGAGAUCACAUGCGCAUUCAUACCGGUGAGAAGCCAUUUGCUUGCACUGAAUGCCAACGGACAUUUCGCAUCAAACACUCACUGAAAAUACAUAUUUGUAAAGCCCACACGGGGAAGCCUAAAUAUGAAGAAGCUAAUGGAGACCUUGCAUGGACCAGACCUUUAGACGGCGCUGAAGCUCAUCGAGUGGACUCAACUUUGCCCGGCAACAAGCUGAACCCACCAGAUAAACACAAAGAUGAUGUGUUAGACCUCAGCCAAGGUAAAAUAACACAAAGUCGGCCUGUGGCGUGGCAAAGCAUGGGCACGCAGGGCCCUGACGGUUUCGUCUGCUCAGCGUGCGGGAGGGUCCUGAAGUCCAAAUACUUACUGAUAGAACACUUUCGCAUCCACACAGGGGAGAAGCCCAUCAAGUGUGAGAAGUGUGGCGCGAUGUUUCGCUGCCGGUCAUUAAUGAGCCUGCACAGACGCAAGUGCCAGGGUACUCUAAAGAUCACUUGUCAGAAGUGUGACAAGAAAUUCUCCACCCAAAUGCUGUACAACAAGCAUGUAGUGAGUUUACACAAGGAUUGGCCUCAUGUCUGCCAGCUGUGUGGCAAAGGCUUCAUCACCGCAGGACGCCUCAGCAACCAUUACGAGCGUGCCCACGUGUAGGGGAAGAUAACCGACAUUUUUUACCUGUUAAUUUCACACCCAAAGUGAUGCGAUCCUGGAGGCAAAAUAUCAGUGUGCUGCUGUUCAAGUACGCAUAGGAGUCACUGGACAUGAGGGGACAUGUUUAAAUCUGUAGCUUUGUCCAGCACUGAUCUGAUGGAGUUGGUUUUUCAGAACAUACCCCGUUCAAAAGAAUUGAUCAGAUUAAAUGUAGUGUUUGUAUUUUGAAAGUAGUUUGAAGAAAUAUACCCUUUCUUUUCUUUAUUUUUUUUUUAUUUUCCAAACUGAAAACUGUUUAUUUUAUUAUGUAUGUUUUUGUUUGUUUUUUCAUUGUUCUACAUUGUUGUGGUUGUACUGAGUGAAACAACUACCCACUGUCUUAUUUUUAUUAACAUAGGUAUUAACAUACGAUUACUAGCUGCAUCAAAAACUUUUUCACUUUACCUCAAUAAAGUCCAUUUUGUGGCA